AAUCGACUGCUAUCGAUAGUAGGUAGAUUUAUAUUCGAUAGAGGGGUUGAGGCCUGUCGAGUAGUCGAUAGCUGGAGAUGUAAGUUGUAUACAUCCCACCCCAAAAGAAACAAACACAUCCGUGAAAAUGCGACGCCGCGAACUGCAAACCAUCCAGCUGAAGCUGUCUGAUCUCAAGGAGUACGAGCAGGCCAAGAUGGAGCGCCUGAGGAGCCGCCAGCAGCUGCUGACUCCCCGGACGCCCACGCCCCCGUCCGACAGCGAGGUGCUGCCGGUGACCUCCAGUAGCGUACCGGCUGUUCUCCUGGCCAGCGGCAGGAAACAGGACGAUGACGCCGACAAAUCGGAGCCCACAACCAAGCCCAGCACAUCCUCCACCUAGGACUAGGAUCAAGGCCCACAUGGGAACUACAAUCACUUUGAUCGUCACUACCUCAAUGGAUGGCACACUUAAGAUUUACAAAGAUUAUAAUUCACAAUUUACACCGUCUAGUUAAUUUAAGCGUUUCGCGUAAUCCAAGCGAAAUUUCAAUCGACCUACGCAGUUCAGUACUAUACGUAUAUUAAGUGUAUUUAAUCGGGCACUAUAAUUAAUUAGUGCUUAGCAGCCAGACUGUUAAAUAUAAGAAAUAGCUCGAAAAAUAACAAA